AUGUCUUCCUCAGCGCAGGUCCUCAUCCCACAACUUCAACUCGGGAACACAUUUGGGGCACUGUUUAUUGGGGUCACCUUGGCAGCAAUUCUCUUUGGUCUGAGUAACAUUCAAGCUUUCUUCUACUUUCAGACGCACAGGGGCACAGGGAUAUCGUUCCUUAAGCUAGCCGUCGCCUGGCUUUGGACACUCGAUACUCUGCACCUAUUCUUAAUAGCCCACUGUGUCUAUUAUUAUUUAGUGGCCCACUACGCGGACAUGAGUGUACUCACAGAAAUUGUGUGGAGCUUCAAACUUCAAGUAGCUAUCGAUGUUAUAAUCAUCUACGGGGUACAUCUUCUGUACUUUCAUCGCAUAUGGAUAGUUGGGAAGGGCCGAUCUAGAGUCCUCCCUAUAGUAGUGGGCGUAAUUGUAACUUUGGGUUCAGGUGUUGCCAUCACCCUUAUUUGGGCGGUCUAUCAGUGUCGUGUGUUCUCGGAUCUGAUUGCACUCGAGUGGGCGACAUUGAUGUCCCUGGGCACAGUUGCUUUUAUCGAUUUUGUUAUCGCAUCAUCGCUAUGCUAUCUCCUCGCCACUUCUCGUACUGGAUUCUCUAGCACCGAUUUCAUAAUCGCAAAGCUCAUGGCUUACAUUAUCAACACGGGUUGUCUGACGAGGUAUUCCUUCUUCCAGGCUAGUCCACAUCUUGGCUCAUAUUUCAUGCAGCAUGUGUUCACUGACAGUUUUGAUUACAUCCACAUGCGCUACAGUGUCUAUCGUCCAGAGCUGAACGUUAUGGCUUCCCAAGAUGAGGAAUUCCAGGGAUCCCGGAAAAAUAUAUUUAAACAUCCCGGCGAUGAUGUGAUGCAUCUUACUCGAUCUGCCAUGCCACAUAUAUCGACCAAUUGA